AUGCCGACUGAUGACAUGACAAGCCUAAGGUUGAAGAGGAGAGGGACCAAAGCCAAGUUCACCAGGUUGGGGAAUGUGUUGGAUUUCCUGAUAGAGGAAAAGCGGCCGGUGGAAGAGGUGAAGGAAGCUUUCAAACAAGCCAACCAGGCUUACGUAGACCUCCAAUCCAAACACGAGGCCUAUACAGAGAAGAUUGAGAACGAUGAAGAAUUCAACAAGGAGGAGCUAUGGCUUGAUGAGUGCCAGAAUUAUUUCUGCAAGCUCCAGAUCCGGGAGAAGGAUUAUAUCUCUCAGAUGUCUUCAUCGCAAGAGCCUCAACAACCAACAGAGAGAGAUGAGGAGAGCUCCCAGAGAACUGUUGUUCAAGCAGAGUCGAAACGGCCUCAAGCACCUCGCUUCAACAUGGAGAGGCCCAAGUUACCAACGUUCCAAGGAGACAUAAGAGAAUACAAUGUAUUCAAGGCUGAUUUUCAGCAUGUUAUACAUCCACACUACGAUGAGAGGGAUGCUUUGAUGAUCCUGAGGUCUUGUUUGAAGGGGAAGCCACUUCAACACAUUAGAGGAAUAGGGCGAGAUUAUGAAGCUGCAUGGGGUCAGCUAGAUCUGCUCUACGGAGACUCAAGGAUGGUAGCUGAUGCUAUUAUGGAAGACGUAUCCCGAUUUCGUCCUCUGAAAGAUGGGGAAGAUGAGAGAUUCUGUGACUUUGUGAAUCUCAUACGCAGAAGUUUCAAUACCUUGAAGGAGGUAGAUAGAGCUGAGGAUAUAAACAAUAGUCACAUGCUAGCCAUCAUUGAGAAGAAGCUCUAUGUCACAGAUCGACAGAUGUGGUUCCGAAAGCAAGGAGAAGGAACAACGGCGACAUUAGAGGCACUGUUGAAGUGGAUGGAGAUUGAGUUGAGAUCAAGGAUAAGAUCAUCUGCUCCAGUGAGGAAUGAUGCAGCCUCUAAGUCCAGAUCCGCUGUUAGUCAGGUCACAGCAUGUGAGGAAAGACAGCAAGACUAUCGUUGCUGGAUCUGCAAGAAUAAGGAUGGGCACUGGACUGACCAAUGCAAGACUUUCCUUGAUAAGUCUACAGCGGAGAGAUUGGAGAUGGUGAAGAGUAACCGAGCUUGUUAUAGCUGUUUGAAGCAAGCCGGCAGAGAGCAUCGAAUGGCUACUUGCAAGAAAAGGAGACGGUGUCCAGAGACAUACAAGGGGCAACCAUGCAAGUUCUUUCAUCAUCCUUUGUUACAUCCCAGCAUGGACAACAAUGCGGUGGGAGUAGCCCUUGUAAGAGGUACUGAAGCCAUGCUACCCGUCAUCAGGGCAAGGUUUUCAGGUUCAGAGCUGAAGAUCCAAGGAAACGUGCUGUUAGAUUCAGGGGCCCAGAUCAGCAUCAUCCGCCAAGGGCUCGCUGAAGACUUGGGACUGACAGGAAAGAGCAUCAGUAUCACAAUAACCAAGGUGGGCUGUGUAGAGGAAUCUGUGACAACAUCCUUGUAUAGAGUGCCGGUCAGUUCAGUAGAUGGGAAGACAAUCCAUAAGAUAUUAGCUGUUGGAUUACCGUGCAUCAAUGAUGACAUUGAGGAGGUGAACACUGAUAAUCUUGCCCGACAAGUAGGCCUCAACCCCAGAGAGUUACGUAGAGGUAGUGGGUCUAUAGAUCUUCUGAUAGGAAUUGACCACGCUAUGAUGCACGCAGGUGAAACGAGACAACGAGGCAACUUCAUCUUUAGGAAGUCACCACUUGGAUGGGUGGUGUUUGGAGCAUCUAAGCUGAACCAGCAGUAUCAGAAUAGAGUGCUCAACAUGCAACUGAGUCCAGCAACUGACUUAUCAGCGUUUUGGACUACAGAGUCGAUGGGAGUUGAUGUGGGUUGUCAUUGUGAAGCCGAAAGGAUGACUAAAGUAGAGAAAGAUGAACAUGAUCUUAUCUGGAACUCUGCCAAGAAAGUGGGUAAGCAGUGGCUUGUUCCUUACCCAUGGAAGGAUAACCCAGAGAAGCUGCCCGACAACAGAGUGCAAGCAGAGAGAAUGCUUCAGGCGACGGAGAAAAGGCUUGCAAAGAACCCAGAGCAUGCUGAAGUUUACAAACAGCAGAUGCAAGAGAUGGUCGAGAUGGGGUUUUCGAGAAAGCUGACUGAUGAAGAGAAGAAAAGGCAUGAUGGGCCUGUCCAUUACAUUGGUCAUCAUGCGGUUGUCAGGCCGGAAAAAAGAGCACACCAGUGA